AUGGACGCGCCUUCAACUGCGGCACCUGCGUCAACCACAUUUGCUGAAGGCUUUUCGGAAGCAGGUAUCACUGGAUCCCGGUAUGACGCAUUGCUGCGGCAGAUCGUGCAGCUGAAUACAGACCUGCAGAAAACCGCGGCUCUCAGUCAAACGCUACAGCGUGAGCGAGAUGACGCCCAGCAGCUCAGCUCAAAGCUGAAGUGCGAGGUUUCGCGUCUACAGGAUCGCUGCGACAAGAUGCAGCUCAUGCUUGUCCAAGAAACAGAGCAAAAGAUUGAGUCAGAUAGGAAACAUGAAGAGCUGAUUGCAAAAUGGAAGAAACAGCUGGAGAUGAAGGCACGGGCAUUUGAUUCAUUACAAAAAAAGUUUGCACCUCCGAAGGAUCUUGAGCAGCUCCGUAUAAAAAUCCAGGAAGAGUUAGAGGGUCCAUUUCAUCAACGAGUGAAUAAUUUGCAAGAUGAGUUGGAACGUCAACGUCAAGUGAGCUUUGAAAUGCAGCGCGAAUUUGAAGCGAUUAAAGCGGAGUACGAGCAAUCAACAAUCGAUCAUGAUAACGAGAUGGAGUGCAUUCGAGAAACAUAUGAAGUGACGAUGGGUGAUUUGAAACGCAAGUUGCAACUUGCCGAAGAAAUGGCUGCUAACUCACAGCUUGCUGAAAGUUUUCGAAAGCUAGAACAGCAACGAGAUGCAACAGAUAUUGAAGUGAAGGCUUUACGUAGCGAAGUUCAAGAAGCACGGGAAGAGCUACAACGAGUAUGCCACCAAAAAGAUAUUGAACAAAGCUCAUUUGAGAUGCGCUUAGCGGACGAGGCGACACGAAUUGCAACAUUGGAACUAGAUCUAAAGACUUCCGAGCGUCAGCUUACUAAAGCAAAGGAUGAGUGCGAAAAUUUACGCCUUAAAUGGAAUAAUACAGAGAGCACAUUUCUCGAAUCAAGAUCAGAGACUGAAAAUUUACGAGAGCAACUCAAGCAGAAAGAAGCUGCCACAGUCAGCUGCCACAAUCUGCUCUCGAUGAAAUUUCGAGACGAGCGAGCCACCUGGGAACGAGAACAGACCAGCCUCAAGGAUCGUAUUCAUGUGUUGUCGCUUAAGCUUCAAGCAGCUGAAGCAGCGGCUCAAUCAAGUUCGAGUGCAGCUGCUAAAGCCAAAGAAGAUUUGAACAACAGCGUAGAAAACUCUCUUUUGAUAAAAUCUCAAGACGAAGAACUAAAGAGUUUUCGAGGAAUCGUUGCAGAGGCAGAAAAAAAAAUUGUUGCACUAGAGAAAGCGUUGUCUCAGUGCCAGCAUGACUUCGAUGAAGCCACUCAUAAAUUUCAAACGGAGAAGGGCAAAUUUGAGAAAGUGGUUGAGGCUCUUAAUACUGAAAAGAAACUUUUGACAGACAAGCAAGCUUCGUACCACGAGCUGACUUCUCGGAUGAAGACAGAGUGCAUUACACUGCGCACCAAGCUUAAGGAAGCUGAAAAUGACUAUCACACACUUCAGCUAAAGCACAGAGAAACUAUCCAAUAUCAGGAAGAGAUGCAGCUUGAAAGAGAAGAGGCUUUGGCAAAGUUAAAAUAUACAGAGCAGGACUACGCUAUGCUUACUGAACAGCUUGACAGAGCGAAACAAAAUCAUGCGACAGUGGCAGAAGAGCUAAAUGAAAAAUGCAAGAAGCUUGAAAAAGAUUCUCAAGCUCAUCGUGUGGCGCUGCAACGAGAAACUCACGCAGCUUUGUCAAAAGCAAUCAAAGAGCUGAAUAAAUCGAAAAAAAAAUGUGAAGCUUACAAGCUCAAGUGUUUGGAGAUUCAUGGAAAAUUCAAGCAACAUGUCGAGGAGGUGAAUAGCAAAGAAGAAAAGCUGCGUCAGGACAGGCAGGAGCACGCAGCGGAGCUGCGUCAGUUACUUAAUCAGCUAUCUGAGGCGGAAAACGAAAAGACGGCUCUAAUGCAGCGUCAGAUUGAGCUCGGAUUCCCGCCGCCGAGCACCAUCAUCAAAAAGUUUGCAGUAUCGCAAGAGUGA